AAUAUUUAUGACAAGAGUGCAAGCAUUGAGUAAUUACUCUAUAUUAGUAAUAUAUUAUUAUAUUAUUUUAUAUCUUAUAUUAUUAAUUUAUUACUACAGAACAAGAUAUUACUCUAUGAGUGCAGGGCUUACAUUGAAAGUUGACUGAAGUCAUUUUUAUUACUUAUGGCUCAUGAUCUGGAUCAAUAAAUUAUUUAUAAAACCCCGUUAAAUCUAUACCUUAUUAUAGAAAUAACAUAAGUUUAAGCAUAUCAGGUUACAUUAGGUAUAUUAUUAAUUUUCAAUUUUGUUUAAGGAUAACAUUGAUUAUAAAAUUAUAAUUAAGCAAUAUGGAAUUAUUAAUUAAAAGUGUUGGUGAUAUUGAUUAUCAACCCGAAAAAUAUGUCAAAGAAUUAUCCCAAAGGUGUAUGGGUCCGGAAGAACUGUUGCAACAGAAAAUUAAUGUGCAAUCAUUGGGUGAACAAAUUAAUACAUUGCUUAAGAAAAAUGUAUUCUACAAUUAUACUCAGUUUAUUGAUACUGCUAAAGAAAUAGCUAAUUUAGAAGGUGAAAUGUAUCAGUUGUCACAUUUGCUAACUGAACAAGCAUCUUUACUUAAUUCAUUGGCUAGUUCUUCAAUUGUUAGUAUAAACAUUUCUAAUUCAGGCAAAGAAAUUAAUGGAAUUAAAAAUAUUGAAGUAGAUAAUAUAAUUGAAGAAAAAAGGGUUCAGAAGUUGUUAAAUAUUAUGGAAAGAGUAGAAAAUUGUCAUAAUUUAGUUGAUGUUCCCGGUCGUAAGUGCUUGCAUGAAGGAGAUUUAUUAGAAUUGGAUCCUAUUGAAAAUACACCUGUCCAAAGAAUUCAUUGUUACUUGUUUACAGAUAUUUGUAUUGUUUCUAGUUGGUUGUCUAGCAGACGUGGACCAGCUAGAUAUAGAUUUCAGUCAACGUAUGACUUGGGUAAUCUUGCUGUUGUUAAUAUUAAAGACAUAAAAAAUGCAUUUAAACUGCUUGCUUUUCCUGAAACUAGAGUAUUUCAAGCACCAAAUACUGGAUUAAAGAAUGAUUGGUUAUCAAGAUUUGAAGCUGCUAAGAAGUCUCAAAUUUCUAUUGACAAGAUGAAAAAUAUUGAACAUAAAACAAUCCAAAGAACCGAUUCCAUUCAAAUAGUUCAUAAUUCAUUUGAACCUGAAAAUUCAGAAACAGAAUUACCUGAAUGGAUCAUUGAUUUAGCUGAUGAUUUAGAUGUAUUAAUUGCUCAAAGGCAUUUCGAAGAUGCAAAUUCUUUAAUUUCUAAAGCCAAACAAUAUUUAGAAAAUCAUUGUCAUCAAAUGUCAACACUAAUUGAACAAGAAAUAAAAUCUAAAUUAGAAAAUCGUAUUGAAACACUAACUUUAGUAUUAACUAAAGAACUUCAAGUUUCUCCAGAUAAAUCACAUAAAGGUGGAUUAAGAGCAGCUCGAAGAGCAGUUCGAAUUUUAAAUCAAUUAGAUAAAUCGUCUCAAGCAUGUGAUUUAUUUUUGAAAGUCUGUUCAAAUUUAUUGAAAUCUCAGUUACAAUACGUCAAACGUGAUGGUGCAAUGGCUACAUUUGUUAAAAAAUAUUCUAUGGUGUUUUUUGGAACCACAAUAGAAAUCACUCAUGAAUUCUUGUACAAAGCUUUUCCAAACAGUCCAGCUUGUUCAUCAGCUUUUAUUUUAUGGACUAUUCAAGAAGUCAACGAUUUUAUGGUUAUAUUGAUUAAACACAUGUUCAUUCCUCAAACAUCUUUAUCAAAUUUAUCUGAAUGUAUAAAAGCAAUACACAAAAAUUGCCAUGAGCUCUGUGAUUAUGGAAUUGAUCUACAGUUUCAAAUUGAUGGCCAACUUAGAAUUCCUCUAACUAAAGCAAUAAAUGAUAUUAAAGAUAAAACUAUUGAAGUAAUUAAAAUAAGAUUUUCUGAAGAUAAAUGGAAGCCAUAUAAUCUGAAAACUAAACAACUGAGGGACAAAAUUGUUGAAGAAUUUACAAAUUAUGGUUUUUCAAACUUUGAGUCUUAUAAUAAAGGUGAUUCAUGGUUAAUGUUAACUCAAAACACAAUAACAUUCACACGUACAUAUCUAUUAUUAUUAAAUGAUAGUUUAGUAAUGUAUUCGCCUGAUUUAGCAACUGCCAUUGAUCAACUGUUGUAUGACGUUUUUGCUGCUCACUGUAAUUACAUUAAAAGUUCUUUGAAAAAUAAAAAUUUUAUAAAUGAUAUAAAUAUUAUUACAACCAAUGCUAGAUUUAUUUUAGACAUACUUUUAUCUCAUUGUUUUAAAAUAUAUUCAGCAUCUACAGGUAAUGUUAACCCACAAAUUCACAUUCGUUUGAAAUCGGAAUUCGGAAUUAUUCCUACUCAAAAUAUUACUGGUUAUAUUUAAAAUUGUAUAGUAUUUAAUAUUAAAAUGUUAUUGUAUUUUAUUAUCUUAUUUAAGACAUUUAACUUGAGAUACUUUAUGUUAUUAAGUAUUUUACUAUUUUUAAAUAUAUAAUAUUUUAUUUAUUAAA